AUGACAGGAAUCUUCGCCCAAGGCAAUCCCAAGCACGCCCUAGAGGGCCUUGGAGAUGGCGUUCGGAAUGUGGCCACGGGGGUUGGGUUGGGGGUGGCGGCGCUCGUCACGACCACUUCCGCGGGCGCCUCGCAGGAGGGGGCCUUGGGCGCCGCCAAAGGCCUUGGCGCGGGGCUGGUUGGGUUGGCCGGUUUAACGGGGUACGGGACCUACGCCGGGGUGCGGCAGCUAGUCCGUGGGAUCACCAAUACCCCGGAGGCCGCCACCCACGCGCUGAAGGGGGACCAGCUGUGGGAUAGCACCUUGGGAAAGUGGGCCGAGGUGAACCUAUGGCAAGAUCUCGCGACCCUCCCCGCCACCGACGAGGAUAUCCAAGCCCAGGCGCGGCGGGAGUUUAUUGAACAGGAAAAGAUCUUAAAAGCGUACACCCCCGCGAAGGAGGGAAUUGCUCACGAAGACUCCAGCCCCGUGCGCUCAUCGUCAUCUCCGGAUUACUAUGACCUCCUGGGGGUUGACCGGACAGCCGCCUCCGAUGAAAUCAGGAAGGCCUUCAUGCGGAAGGCUUUGGUGGCUCAUCCCGACAAAAAUCCCAACGAUCCGGACGCCACCUGGCGAUUUCAGCAACUGAUGACCGCCUAUAACACCCUAAGCAACGAGGCCAUGCGCGUCACGUACGACCAAUACAGAGAGGAUCCGUCGCUACGAAGAGAAGGGAGCGGCGCAAACGCGGCAGGGGGAGCCGAAUCAGUCAACCUAUUGGAGGUCAUACUUGGAGCUGAGUUCCUCGAGCCACUGAUAGGAAGGAUCCGCCUUAUUUAUUACUUUGAGACUAAUGCCUUGUACACGCACGAGAUGCUUACGGAGCUGCACCGUCGGAAUCGAUUGCGGGUUGCGCGAAACUUACUUUCCUUCGUGGAGGCUGGUGGGGAGGAGCGAUUCCGUGCUGCGUUGCGUGAUGCGAUCUCGACCCGAUGUGGGCCGCAGAUAGUUGACUGCGUCGCCGAGGGCUACCACAUUGCUGCGCGGCAAUGUCUUUACGACAGCAGCUGGAAGCGCGAGUUAGACAGUUGGUACACCUCAAAGGCGCUUUCAUUGUCGUCCACUGCCCAUGCUGCGGCGGCCAGCGCGAAGGCGGUAACGAAGGCCAUAAAAAAGACGUUAUCUGAGGACGACAUGACGGAAAUGCUUCUCUGCGCAUGCAAGUACGAUGUUUGCCGCACCAUCAUACAGACCUGCCGGCUAAUUCUCUACGAUAAUGGUGCGAGUGCAAACGAAAAGCAUCAGCGUGCGCAACGACUAGAUAUGCUGAGCAAGAUGGCUCGAGUAGAAGUUGAGAAGGAGAUGGCUUCUCGUGGAAGCGCGAAGUGA